CUCACCUCAACCCAGACUUCCCCAGCGUUUGCUCUUCUGUACCCGGCCACAAGUCGAGAGACCCGACCUUCUAAUCGGCUUACAAAUGUCAUGCAAUGCUUCUAGUUCUUGCAGUUCCCUUCUCUAUCACCGGUGAGACGUAAAGUGGACAAACAUCAGGUCACCCACUAUUUUAUGCCCCUGCACUUGCCUUUUCCACAGGUCUUCCUUCUUGUAAUUCGAUAAUACUCUGCCUGUUCUCCUUUUACGUUCCUAUCUUUCUGUUCGAUUCUAGAACCUCUGCAGCACUACCGUUCGUCUGUGGACCUGGAAAUAUCACAGUUUAAACUUUCACAACCCUCGUCGUGCCAUAUUCCAGAAGGUACAGCUCAACUGGCGUAAUGGCGAUUCUUAACAACGUGGAGAUCACUGUUGCCAGUGACGGACAACCAGUCCGGGAAUAUCAGCCUCCUGCUGACGACAGAGAGGCGCUGAAUGCUUGCAAGCUAUUCCCUAACUCACCUACCGUCGUCAAGUACAUUGAGGCCACGCCCGGAGCUCAGUUUCAAAUUGAGUACCGCAUGACAGGGCAAAAAACCUUCGGAGACUCGGAAGCAGACUCGCUGACUCUGCGAACUUUCAUCGACGGCGGUUAUGUGCCUUCACCCGUCAGGUUGAAGGCUGAGCCAGAGUUCGACGGCACCAUGGCCGAUAUGCAGAAGAAGUAUGGGCACGUGGGCACCAUCAGAGUCGAGGUCACGCGUACGCGACAGGUCCCUGAAGGUGUAACAAGGUCGCAUUUGCCCCGCUUCGAUAAUGAAGUCCCGGAGAAGGUUCUGAAGGGACAGUCGGUUGACACUCGAGCGUGCCUAGGCCAGCCGAAGCCUUCAGAGGCCAAGCAACUCCAUCAUGGCGUGCUGGUCGACAAGGAGCCGUGUGCUGUGUUGAUAUUCCUCUACAGGAGCAAGAAAGUGCUCCAGGCCCUCAGCGUGAUUCCACGCUCUCCGACUCUUAUCCCACUCGAGGAAAGAGACCCGGACACUCUCACAAGAGAAGAGGCGGUGGAGUUGGCCGAGGCGGAAGCUGCUAAAACGGUCCGGAUCAAGAAGGAAAAGAGUGAGGAGGACCUGCGCAAAUUCUCUGUUAUAAAACGAGAGGCCACUGACGAAAGCGACGACGAGGUGGUUAUGAUUGCACCGCCAGAGCGCAAAAAGGCGUGCAAGGACCAAACGGUGAUCGAGCUGUCAGACUAG